GCUGCAGGCAAGGAAGACAUCAUCGAGUGGCUCGGCCGCAUCGGCACCUCUGAGUCCUGCCCUGAUCCCGAGGUGCUGAUCUGCCCUCCCCACCAGCAGAAGGAAGGCCCGGCCAUGGUGUCUGUGGGAGACGGUCCUGGGCCCUUCCUGGAGGUGGGGACUCUCCAGAACAGGAGCCCAGAACAUUCAAAGAGAUUAACCAACCUGGGAGCCACCAGGGCCCUGGUCUCGGGCACCCCAGGCCAGAACACACAGCAGGAAACAACCAGCCAGCUGGUAAGGGUCGAUUCCAACAGCCAAGGUAGUACCGACAGUGCUCGAGAGGAAGGGCCCGCGCAAGCCACCAGCAGCCAGGACUCUGCAAACCACACACAAGCCCCGUCACAGCAAAGGCAGGUCCAGAGAGUGGAAGAUAAACGCCCCUUCCAGCCUCCCGUGUCAGCCCUGAGCAUGUGCCCGCCCUGGAAGGCCUGGACCCCGGGGCCAGCGUUUGGGCCCUUGUGGCCAGGGGCUAUCGCCGCAACCUUCUGGAGGAUCAAUGAACUGCACUCUCUCCACCUGGCCUGGCUCCUGUCCCAGGCGUGCUUCAGUUUUCCUUUCUGGCAGAGGCCCCUGGGCCCCAUUCAGUUCAAGCUACCAGGGCAGAAUCCUUUGCCUUUAAAUCUAGAGUGGAAGCAGAAGGAGCUGGUUCCUUUGCCCAGCAUGGAAAGCCCAGACUGCAGACCAGAUGGGGGACCAGGAGGAGAUGCAACCCUACAGAAUUGCCCGAGGCCAGAGACCCCCCAAAAAGUCAUGAGUUUAUUGGUGGUCUCAGGGGGCUCGGGUGUAAAGGACAAGACUAGCCCAGGACUUCCACAGAUAGGGCCCCCCUUGACCUCUGCGCCCCAACUGCAAGCUGGAAGCGAGCCAGGGGAUCAAGGAAGUGUGCAGUGGGAUUGUAAGGGGCCAGAAGAGGGCCCUUCUGUGCUGCCAACAGGGCAAGGCGUGCCUACAGCUCAGGGGGGGUCCGUGGCUCAAGAGGGGCUGACAGGUCAGUCAGCACCCGAUGCUCAAACAGUGCCUGAAACUCUCGAAGUGCCCGUGGCUGCGGCAGUGCCCACAGCUCAAACCCCACCCACAGAUCAGGGGCUGCCUGCAGUCCCCAAAGUGCCUACAGCGGAGAUGAUGCUGGCAGUCCCCACAGAACCUGCAGCUCUCAAAGUGCCUUCGGUUCCGACAAAGCCAGCAGCUCAAGGGGGGCCUGCAGCUCAGAAGGCAGCCGUGGGUCAACUGGCAUCAGCAGCUCAAAUCGUACCUGCGACUCCCAAAACUGCCACAGCUCAGAAAACGCCUGCAGCAAAAACGUCACCUGCAGCAAAAACACCCAAAGCUCAAACUGGGCCUGCAGCUAAAACAGGGUCUAUGGUCCCCAAGGGACCUGUGGCCCCCAAAGCACCUGCAGCUUCCAAAGCCUCCAGAGGCCCCAAAACACCUGCAGCUCAGAAGACGCCCACAGAUCCAGGGCCAAGCCUGGAUGCCGCCAAACUCCUGAGCGAGGUGCAGCCUUCGUCAAGGGGCAAUGCCUCCUUGCCAAAGGGCCAUGGGGAGUCCAGAAGGCAGGGUCCUCAGUCCAGCAGCACCUUGACUUCCGGUAGUCAGCACCAACCUCAGAUGGAGGGGCUCCUGGGGGCUUGGGAGGGGUCCCCGAGGCAGCCGCCUCGUCACCCACAGGCAAACAGCACAGUGACCAGCUUCCAGAGGUACCACGAGGCCCUGAAUACACCCUUCGAGCUGAACCUGUCGGGGGAACCCGGGAACCAGGGGUUACGGCGAGUGGUCAUUGAUGGCAGCAGUGUGGCCAUGGUGCACGGCCUCCAGCACUUCUUCUCCUGCCGUGGCAUUGCCAUGGCAGUGCAGUAUUUCUGGAACCGGGGACACCGAGAGGUCACUGUGUUUGUACCCACCUGGCAGCUGAAGAAGAACCGGAGGGUGAGAGAGAGCCACUUCCUGACGAAGCUGCACUCCCUCAAGAUGCUUUCAAUCACCCCCUCCCAGCUCGAGAACGGCAAGAAGAUCACCACCUACGAUUAUAGGUUCAUGGUAAAGCUGGCAGAGGAGACAGACGGCAUCAUUGUCACCAAUGAGCAGCUCCACAUCCUGAUGAAUAAUUCCAAGAAACUGAUGGUCAAAGAUCGCCUACUGCCCUUCACCUUUGCGGGGAAUCUCUUCAUGGUGCCGGAUGACCCCCUGGGCCGUGAUGGCCCCACCCUGGACGAAUUUCUGAAGAAGCCAAACAGGCUAGACACCGACAUCGGCAACUUCCUGAAGGUGUGGAAGACGCUUCCUCCCAGCUCGGCCAGCGCCUCUGAGCCAAGUGAUGGUGCUGACCCUGCACCUCCGGAGGGUCUGCGGAAUAUGGAAGAAGUCCGGGAGGAGAAGGAGGAGAGGCAGGACGAUGAGCAGAGGGAGGGGAAAGGGGUGCAGGAGCCGCCUGAAGAAGAUGCCCUGGACUCCUCACUGGCAUCAGUGUUCAGGGCCGAGUGCCCUUCCCUUUCAGAGGAAAUCCUCCGGUGCCUCAGCCUCCAGGACCCCCCUGACGGUGCCCUAGACAUCGAUCUCCUGCCGGCGCCGGCGUCUCCCUACCUGGGCAUCCCCUGGGACGAGAAGGCUCCCUGCCAACAGGUUCUUGCCCACCUGGCCCAGCUGACCAUCCCCAGCAACUUCACUGCACUCUCCUUCUUCGUGGGGUUCAUGGACUCCCACCAGGAUGUCAUCCCUGACUAUGAAGCCCUCGUGGGCCCCCUGCACAGCCUCCUCAAGCAGAAGCCGGACUGGCAGUGGGACUGGGAGCAUGAGAAGGCCUUCUUGGCUCUGAAGCGAGCCCUGGUGUCUGCCCUCUGCCUGACGGCCCCCAACACCCAGCUGCCCUUCCGCCUGGAGGUGACAGUGAGCCAAGUGGCCCUCACGGCCGUUGUCUAUCAGGAGCACUCGGGGAGGAAGCACCCCGUAGCCUAUACCUCGAAGCCCCUCCUUCCCGAUGAGGAGAGCGAGGGCCCCCAGUCAGGGGGAGACAGCCCCUAUGCGGUGGCCUGGGCCCUCAAACAUUUUUCCCGCUGCAUUGGAGACACCCCAGUGGUCCUGGACCUUUCCUAUGCCUCCCGGGCCACUGUGGACCCCGAGGCGCCAGAAGGCCGCAGACUUUCCAAAGCAUGGUUGAUCCGAUGGUCCCUCUUGGUACAGGACAAAGGCAAAAGGGCCCUGGAAUUGACCCUUCUCCAGGGCCUGCUGGGAGAAAACCGACUGCUGACGCCCGCGUCCUCGAUGCCUCGCUUUUUCCAGGUUCUGCCUCCUUUUUCCGACCUGUCCACUUUUGUCUGCAUCCACAUGUCGGGCUAUUGCUUUUACCGUGAGGACGAGUGGUGUGCUGGCUUUGGUCUCUAUGUCCUGUCUCCCACCAGCGCCCCUGUCUCCCUUUCCUUCUCUUGCUCCCCGUACACACCAACCUAUGCCCACCUGGCGGCCGUGGCCUGUGGCCUGGAGCGCUUCGGCCAGUCCCACCUCCCUGUGGUUUUCCUCACGCAUUGCAACUGGAUCUUCAGCCUCCUCUGGGAGCUCCUGCCACUGUGGAGGGCUCGAGGCUUCCUCUCCUCGGACGGGGCCCCGCUACCUCACCCGAGCCUGCUGUCCUACAUCAUCUCGCUCACCUCUGACCUCUCGUCCCUUCCAUUCAUCUACCGAACCUCCUACCGGGGCUCCCUGUUUGCUGUCACAGUGGACACCCUGGCCAAGCAGGGAGCACAGGGGGGCGGGGAGUGGUGGAACUUGCCAAAGGACGUGCCGAUCCCUGUAGUAUCUCCUCACACCAUGGGCAAGAGGCCCGACUUGCUGGCAUUACAGCUGAGCGACAGCACUCUGGCCGAUAUCAUCGCCAAGCUGCAGGCUGGGCAGAAAUUGUCUGGCUCCUCACCCUUCAGUUCUGUCUUUAACUCACUCAGCCUCGACAAAGAGAGCGGCCUGCUUAUGUUCAAGGGGGAUAAGAGGCCCAAGGUCUGGGUAGUCCCGAGGCAACUCCGGAGGGACCUGAUUUUCUCCGUGCAUGACCUUCCCCUGGGCGCCCACCAGAGGCCCGAGGAAACCUACAAGAAGUUGCGUUUGCUGGGGUGGUGGCCCGGGAUGCAGGAGCAUGUGAGGGAUUACUGCCGAAGCUGCCUGUUCUGCAUCCCCCGAAAUCUCAUAGGCAGUGAGCUGAAGGUUAUCGAGUCCGUGUGGCCCCUCAGGUCUACCGCCCCCUGGUCCAACCUGCAGAUUGAGGUGGUGGGCCCAGUCACCAUAAGUGAGGAGGGCCACAAGCACGUGCUGAUUGUGGCCGACCCCAACACCAGAUGGGUGGAGGCGUUCCCCCUGAAGCCCUACACGCACACGGCAGUGGCUCAGGUGCUGCUCCAGCAUGUGUUUGCCAGGUGGGGCGUUCCCGUGAGGCUGGAGGCUGCCCAGGGCCCCCAGUUUGCUCGGCAUGUCCUGGUGAGCUGUGGGCUGGCCCUGGGAGCCCAGGCAGCCUCCCUGAGCAGGGACCUCCAGUUCCCCUGCCUGACCAGCUCAGAUGCCUACUGGGAAUUCAAGAGGGCCCUCAAGGAGUUCAUCUUCCUGCACGGCAAGAAGUGGGCGGCUUCCCUGCCCCUGCUGCACCUGGCCUUCAGGGCCUCCUCCACCCAGGCCACGCCGGUCCAGAUCCUGACGGGGGAUGAAGUGAGGCUGAGCGAGCCGCUGUGGUGGGAGAUGAGCAGUGCCAAUAUCGAAGGGCUCAAGAUGGAUGUCUUCUUGUUGCAGCUCAUUGGGGAGCUGUUGGAGCUACACUGGCGGGUGACCGACAAGGCUAGCGAAAAGGCGGAGAAUAGGCGUUUCAAGCGGGAGAGUCAGGAGAAGGAGUGGAAUGUGGGCGACCAGGUCCUCUUGCUGUCGCUCCCCAGGAACGGCAGCAGUGCCAAAUGGGUGGGCCCCUUCUAUAUCGGGGACCGGCUGAGCCUGUCUCUCUAUAGGGUCUGGGGCUUCCCGACUCCAGAGAAGCUUGGGUGCAUCUAUCCCAGCAGCCUGAUGAAGGCCUUUGCCAAGAGCGGCACACCCCUGUCCUUCAAGGUCUUAGAGCAAUGA